AUAUAGGAUUCGACCAAAUAAUAAUCAACCUUUUGGCGAAUAUAUAAAGAGCACCCUAUCACCCUUCUUAUUUCAUUUCAUUUAGCUAACUAUCCUUUCCUUUUUGCUAUAUCUUUCUCGCUCAAUUCUCCAUCUCCAUGGCUUCCCUCCAGGUCAAUGAAAAAGCAUCAGUGCCAGAGGAGACUAACCAAAAAGAAGAAACAACACAGGAGGCUCCUGCUGUUGAACAAAAGUUGGCCACUACAGAAGUAGAUGUCCCACCGACAGAAUCCAAGACAGCUGAACCUGAUGAAGUACUGUUUUUCCCUGAUGAAGAAGAUAUUAAACUAGCUGAUGAAGAAGGAAAUGAAGCAGCAGUGUCACCCAUUCGUGAGGAAGAUUUGAAAUUUACCGAGGAUAUAGAAAAUGAAGAUCAAGCAGACCUAGAAGGGGAUAAUGAGAUUGAAGAUUAGUAAAAAGAAGGAAAAAGAGAUGGUUGUUUAUUGGGUAGUGUUGGUGAUGCAUGGUAGCCUAAACUAUUAGCUAGGUGGAAAUGGAAAUAAAGGUUCACGAGUCUCUUCCACUUUCUAAGCAUUUGUUGUGGUGUCAUCUGGGUUUUCUAGGCAGUAUGGGACCUAUAUAUGGGUCCAAAAUAUUAAUGUUUAGGCUCCUUCAAAAACAGUUAGUUUGUAUUCAGCUAAUGCUGGGAAGGUCCUUAUAGACAAUUCUAUCUUCUCUUUUGUAUUGUGUGGAAAGGUGUGUAUCUGGUGAGUUUUUGUGGUAAUUUUUUACUUGUCUAA